AUGGUGAGGCUUGUGCUGCCCAACCCGGGCCUGGACGACCGAAUCCCCUCCCUGGAGCAACUGGAGGUCCUCGAGAAGGAGGAGGCCAGCUCGCGGCCCAAAUGGGACAACAAGGCCCAGUACAUGCUCACCUGCGUGGGCUUCUGCGUGGGCCUGGGCAACGUCUGGCGCUUCCCCUACUUGUGCCAGAGCCAUGGCGGAGGAGCAUUCAUGAUCCCGUUCCUCAUCCUGCUGGUGGUGGAGGGCGUCCCCUUGCUGUACCUGGAGUUCGCCAUCGGGCAGCGUCUGCGCAAGGGCAGCGUGGGCGUCUGGAGCUCUAUCCACCCAGCCCUGAAGGGCAUAGGGAUCGCGUCCAUGUUCGUGUCCUUCAUGGUGGGCCUCUACUACAACACCAUCAUCGCCUGGGUCAUGUGGUACUUCUUCAACUCCUUCCAGGAACCCCUCCCUUGGAGCACGUGCCCGCUCAACGACAAUCUGACAGGCUAUGUGGAGGAGUGCGCCCGCAGCUCUUCCGUGGACUACUACUGGUACAGAGAGACCCUCAACAUCUCCACCUCCAUCAGCGACUCGGGCUCUGUGCAGUGGUGGGUUCUGCUCUGUCUGACCUGUGCCUGGUGUGUCCUCUACGUGUGCACCAUCCGUGGCAUCGAGACCACCGGCAAGGCUGUGUACAUCACCUCGACACUGCCUUAUAUCGUCCUGACCGUCUUCCUCAUUCGGGGACUGACACUAAAGGGAGCCACCGCCGGUAUCACCUUCCUCUUCAACCCCAACAUCACGGAGCUGGCCAACCCACUGACUUGGCUGGAUGCGGGGGCCCAGGUCUUCUACUCCUUCUCGUUGGCCUUCGGGGGCCUCAUCUCCUUCUCCAGCUACAACUCCGUCCACAACAACUGUGAGAUGGACUCGGUGAUCGUGUCCGUCAUCAACGGCUUCACGUCCAUGUACGCAGCCACCGUGGUCUACUCCAUCAUCGGCUUCCGAGCCACAGAGCGCUUUGACGACUGCAUUAACCAGAAUAUCCUGACACUCAUCAAUGGGUUUGACUUGCCCGACGGCUCUGUCACCGAGGGAAACUUUGAGAAGGUACAGCAGAUGUGCAAUGACUCUAACCCCACGGCCUUCGCCCAGCUGCAGUUCCAGACCUGCGACAUAAACUCUUUCCUGUCAGAGGGCGUGGAGGGCACGGGGCUGGCGUUCAUUGUCUUCACGGAGGCCAUCACCAGGAUGCCCAUAUCCCCUCUGUGGUCCGUGCUCUUCUUCAUCAUGCUCUUCUGCCUGGGCCUGUCCUCCAUGUUUGGGAACAUGGAGGGCGUGAUCGUGCCCCUACAGGACCUCAAAGUCUUCCCCAAAAAGUGGCCCAAGGAGGUGCUCACAGGUAUCAUGUGCUUGGUGUCGUAUCUCAUCGCCUUUGUCUUCACUCUGAACUCCGGCCAGUACUGGCUCACCCUAUUGGACAGCUAUGCCGGCUCCAUCCCCCUGCUUAUCAUCGCCUUCUGUGAGAUGUUCGCUGUGGUCUACGUGUAUGGCGUGGACAGGUUCAACAAGGACAUCGAGUUUAUGAUCGGCCACAAGCCCAACAUCUUCUGGCAAAUCACGUGGCGAGUGGUCAGCCCGCUGCUCAUGCUGGUCAUCUUCCUGUUCUUCUUUGUGAUCAACGUCAAUGCGGAGCUGAAAUAUAGCGUCUGGGACCCUGCCAAUGUGGAAUUUCCCAAAUCUGUGAAGGUCCCAUACCCAGACUGGGUGUACGGUGUGGUGGUUGUCGUUGCUGGUGUGCCCUGCCUCUCCAUCCCUUGCUUUGCCAUCUACAAGCUCAUCCAGAACCGCUACCAGAAGCAAGAAAGCCACCAGGGGCUGGUCAGCACCAUGUCCACGACCUCCGUAAAUGGGGUCGUGAAGUAUUGA